CCUGAACCUCAGUGAUGAGGGAGGAGUCAAAGGUCUCUGGCUUCACGCUCUUGGCUUUAACUUGGACUUGGACGUAAGCCUAUCUCUUCAAGAUCCUCACAGCAGGAGCAGAAGGAGGUCAGAAGCAGAGAGCAUCUCAGACAGCAUCUACACCUUCCCUGAAAAAAAGUAGGAGAAUCAACAUUGCAGGAUCUGAGGGAGCUGGGAGGCACACAGCCAGGGAAAGAGCAGUGUACACAUUGCACAAAGGAAAGUUGCUGGUCUCGAGAAGCAGUUUGAGAGCUUGCGUCAGGCGUUUUAUGAGGAGUGAAGACCUUAGAUCUGAAGAUCUUCUGCUGACAAGAUGAAGUUUCCAAAGUCAAAGGAUGAGGAGCCCAGAGCUCCAGGACAGGUGGCCAUCAGAAAGAAAUCCAGUGUUCCCGGAGUGAUGAUUACUCAGUAUGUGGAGCAAGUUCCUGCAGGAAAGAGCCAUCCAGACUUCACACGAAAACCUAUUGCCCUGACUAUACAGGAAGGAAAGUUUGCUUUUUUUAAAGCCAUCAUCACUGGAGAUCCAAAACCAGAUGUAAAAUGGACUCGAAACAAUGGUGACAUGUCUGAUACAGAAAGGUAUAUCGUUUCGUAUGACCCAGUCCUGGAAGAACAUCAGUUACAGAUGCCGAAUGUCUCUGUAGACCAGGCAGACACUUAUAAGUGUUUUGCUGAGAAUGAAUUUGGACGCGCUGUUGUCACUGCAACACUGAAUGUUAUUGAAAUUGGGUUCAAGAAGAGCAAAGCAUUGCAAGAGGCACGAACAGCUCAACGUGAACAACCACAAGAUUUCAAAAAGUCUCUGAAAACUCGAGCUGAUCGUCCAAAAGAAGAGAGAAAAGAGGGAGAAGUGGAUGAAAGAUUCUGGGAGCUGUUGCUAAGUGCUGAUAAGAAGGAUUAUGAAAAGAUCUGUGCAGAAUAUGGAGUGACAGACUUUCGCUGGAUGCUGAAAAAACUGAACGAGAAGAAAAGAGAAAUAGAAGAGCAGCAGGCACAGUAUGUGGAAUAUCUGGGCAACCUGAGACACAUUGAGAUCAAAAACACUGGAUCUGCACAAUUCGAAUUUGAGAUGGACCUCAAGGAUCCCAACGCCAAAAUAUUUCUUUAUAAGGAUGGUGUAAUGGUCCCGUUUAGCGUGGAUGCAGACGAGAAGCACAGUUUGCGUCAAACGGGCAGAAGGUUCGUCUUCAGUGUAAAUGGUCUGUCUGCAGACGACGCUGGGCUCUACCAAGUAGAUGUAGAAGGAGUCAAUGUCUUCUCUACAGAUUUUAAAAUUCCAAUGGUGGAGUUCUUGGUGAAGCUACAGGAAGUAAAAGCUGUUGAAAGAGAGGAUGCAGUCUUUGAGUGUGUCCUUUCUGCCCCAAUACCAAAGAUCACCUGGAUGGGAAAAAGCACCCCGUUGGUUCAGGGGGAAAAGUAUGACAUUACAGUGUCUGAGGACAUGCUGAUCCACAGACUGGUGGUGAAGGACUGCAUGAAGGUGGAUAACGGCAUAUAUGCUGCUGUGGUUGGAAUCAAGUCCUGCAAUGCCUGGCUGAUAGUAGAAGCUGACAAUGAUCCAAACAACCGUGGAAAGAAAGCAGCACGCAAAACAACCCAGGCAGGAGGGAGUGGCGUCGACGUGGCAAAGAUUGCGGCUGAGCAACAAUCCAAGCUGCAGAAGGCGAGAGAGGAGAGGAUGGAGACCAUUAAACAGGAACAGGCUGAAGAGCCCAUGCCAGUUCCUGCCACAGAGCCUGGGGCUCCAGCUGAGCCCAAACCUAAAGCCAAAGCCAAGCCUAAGGCCCAGCCUAAGCCUAAACCUAAACCUAAGCCCAAGCCUGAAGUAACUGCUGAAGGUGUGGUAGAAGAGCCAGAGCCAGAGGAAGUGGAAGUAGAAGUAGAGGAAGAAGUAGAGGAAGUAGAGGAAGAGGAUGUGGUUGAGGAGCCGGCCAGUGAGGAAGUGGAAGAGACGAAAAAGAGAGUGAGGACAGGGCCGUUGGUGCCUGACACUGUCAUCGACCCAGGAGUUUACUUCACCAGCGGGUUACAAGAUAUCAGAGCCAUUAUGGGUCAGUCAGCUGAGAUGAUGUGCAAGCUAAGUAAAGCCGACUGUGAAGGAGUGUGGUACAAAGACGGACAAGAGAUAACAUCCACAGAUGACCUGAAGAUUAUCAAGGAUGGGGCUGUCCACAAACUGGUGAUUAAUAAUUGUAAGGAAGAAGACAAUGGAAAGUAUCGCUUUGAAGCAGAUGGGCGUAAAUCAGAAGCCAUGCUUACUGUGGAAGAUCCACCAAGGAUGGACCCAGAUGAUCUAGCCAAGUUCUCAGAGCCUGUGAUCAUCAAGGUUGGCCAGAAUGCUUCCUUCAAACUCAGCUUUGUGGGACGAGAACCAAUAAAGGUCCAGUGGUUCAGUGAGGGCGAGGAGCUGCUGAAUGAUACGAACAUCAAGAUUGAGAAGUCCUCCAUCGAAUCCAGCUUACGUCUGACCAAGUGCCAGCGCAAAAACACAGGAGAGAUCAAACUCAAGCUGAAGAAUGAAUUUGGGACUAUUGAAGCUGUUUCCCAACUCAUUGUCUUAGACAAACCUACCAAUCCACUUGGUCCUCUGGAGGUGAUCGAGGCAUCGUCUUCUUGUUUGGAUUUCAAGUGGAGGCCUCCAAAAGAUGAUGGAGGCUCUCCGGUCAUUCACUAUAAUCUUGAGCGGCAACAGAUUGGAAGAAACACUUGGAAGAAGAUUGGAAAUAUUCCUGGUGAGGCUCACUAUAAAGACACAGAUGUGGAUCAUGGAAGGAAGUACUGCUACCGUAUCAGAGCCAUAACUGCAGAAGGAACAAGUGAUGUGUUUGAGACGGAUGAUAUACAAGCUGGCACUAAAGCUUAUCCGGGUCCACCCUCCACACCCAAAGUAGUGAGUGCCUUUAAGGACUGCAUCAAUCUAACAUGGACAGCGCCAACCAACACUGGAGGAACCAACAUUGUGGGCUACAUCCUGGAGAAACGCAAGAGGGGCAGUAACCUGUGGAGCCAAGUAAACCGUCCAGAGGAGCCGAUCAAAGCUAAAGAAUAUGGAGUUAAAGAUGUUGUUGAAGGAAUCGAUUAUGAAUUCCGUGUUGCGGCCAUUAACUUUUCUGGUGCUGGAGAACCAAGUGCACCCUCUGAAUUUGUGACAGCCAGAGAUCCUAAGAAACCCCCUGGUAAAGUAAUUGACCUGAAGAUAGCCGACUCCUCCUACUCUUCCUUGUCUCUGAGUUGGACUAAACCAAAGGAAGAGGAAGGGGUGCAGGAUGAAGCUAAAGGAUAUUUUGUGGAACUAAGGCCAGCGGAGAACACAGAAUGGACUCGCUGCAACUCCAAUGCAAUCAUCACCAACUCCUUCACGGUUCUGGGCCUUAAGUCUAUGGCUAUGUACUGGGUAAGAGUGGUGGCAACAAAUGAAGGAGGAGAUGGUGAACCCCAGAAUCUUGACAAUUAUUUCAUUGCCAUGCCCCCACCAGUAAGGCCCAAUUUCACUGAUCGUAAAAUGAAGAGCUUUCUGGUGGUGAGAGCUGGAAAUUCUGCCCGUGUUACCAUUAAUUUUGAGGCAUCUCCCAUACCAACAAUAAUUUGGCUGAAAGACGGAAUGCCUGUAACAAAACGUGUGACUGUGAGCAACACAGACGGUACGUCUCAGCUCCUGAUCCCAUCAGCAGAGCGUUCAGAUUCAGGAGUCUACACCAUUACAGUCAAGAACAUGGUGGGACAAGAGACCUUCAGCACUGAGAUCAGGAUCACAGAUGAUCCUAAACCUCCGGGUCCAGUUGAACUGGAGGAAAACGUCCCUGGAACACUGACCGUAUCUUGGGUGCCAUCACCUGAUGAGAAAAGAGAUGACCGCUUGCACUAUAUGGUGGCAAAACGUGACUCAGUCAAACAGACUUGGCAAACCGUGGCUGACCGUGUGUUCAACAAUAACUUCACAGCUGUCAACAUCAUGCCAGGCAGACAGUAUGUGUUCCGGGUGUACACCAAGAAUGACAUGGGGCUUUCUGAACCUUCUGAAUCCCCAACAUGGGGGAUUAUGAAGAAAAAAGAAAAGUUCACCAUCAACAUUCCCGAGUCCAAGACCUGCAACUUUGAUUCUGCUCCUACUUUCACGGUCCCACUGAAAACACACGCCAGUCCAGAGAAAUACGAGUGCUACAUGAGCUGUGCUGUGAGAGGAAACCCAACCCCCCGCAUCACCUGGUACCGCAACAACGUCAGCAUCAACGCAAAUAGCAACUAUUUCAUCUCCAACACGUGCGGCGUCUGUUCCUUACUGAUCCUGAGCGUGGGGCCCAAAGACAAUGGAGAGUACAAAAUCGUUGCUGAGAACUCUUUGGGACGUAAUGAGUCCUCUACCCAGCUCACUAUUAGAGAAUAAAAAUAAACAAGAGAACUGAAGAUCAUCUGAACACAUCUAAUCUGCCUACCAUAUCACAUCAUCAACCCAUCAAUUAUCUAUUUGUAUUAUCACUUAAUUCUUGUUCAAAGAUGAAUUUAACGCUUUAAAAUAGCUAAAUGCAUGAAGCUUAAAACAUGAAAUACAUAUUUUUUCUGCUUUUUGUAUAUUUAAAUUAAAUCUACCUGACAUUUAAUGAGCUUUUGAAAUAUAAUAAAACUAAUGAAAUAUUUAACACAAAUAUUUAAUUUAUACAGUGCCUUGCAAAAGUAUUCGGCCCCCUUAAACUUUUCAACCUUUUGUCACAUUUCAGGCUUCAAACGAAGAUAUGAAAUUGUAAUUUUUUUGUGAGGAAUCAACAAUAAGUGGGACACAAUCGUGAAGUGGAAUGAAAUUUCUUGGAUAUUUUAAACAUUUUUUUAUAGAUAUAAAAAACUGAAAAAUUACAAUUUCAUAUCUUGUUUCUAUCAUGUUUGAAGCCUGAAAUGUGGCAAAAGGUUGAAAAGUACAAGGGGGCCGAUUAAUUUUGCAAGGCACUGUACAUUACAUUUUUUGUGUUUUGAACUUGUGAGUUGGUGAAAUUGCUGCUAAAAGUAGAUUUCAAAAUAAUAUAAUAUUACAAAUCAGAUCCAUACCUUUAAUUCUAUCCACUGGAUAUUUUACCUGUUUUUGAAACAAACAGAUUUGAAUUUAUGUAUUCAAAUAUUUUUAAAAUCUGAAAAUGUAUGGAUUUUUUUUCUAAAUCUAAAAAAAUUUUUUAUAUCUAAACUUUUCACAAUAAUCACAAUUUUGCUAAUAGUAUAAAUUCUCCGCCCCACAAGCUCAACACAAAUUCUGCAUUGUUAAACUUCAAAUGUCUGAAUUACACAAAUAAAUAUAUAAAUAUGUUUAUCAAAAAUGUAAUUCUAAUAUACAAUAUGUGUCAGCUUUUAAGCAACAUUAAAUAAAAAAAGACAUAAGUACUCAUUUUUAGAGACAUUUUACAGCAUGAACAGUCAUAUUUAAUAAAGUUAUAAAAAUAGGAAUAUAAGAUGUGUUUAAUACUUUAAAUCAUUAUACUGGUUGCACUUGCUUUAACUACACAUUACACAUACUGUACCACAAACAUCAGCAGCAUUCUUCACAGUUUUAAGACAUAAUUGUUUUAUGGUUUAUUUUAAUUUUCAACUGCAUUAAAACUACUAAAACUAAAAGUCAAAUUUAAUGUUAUAAGUCUGAUUUAGAUUAAUUUAGCCCUUCCACUGAAUAAUGAUAUAUUGACAUUUUCUCCCCCUUUUGGAAAAGUCAGCAAUGCCUUUUUUUUUUUUUAUAUAAAAAAAAAAUGCUUUAUUUAGCUUUAUUUAUGUAUUUCUUAAUUCUUGAAGGCACUUGAAAUAAAAUAGUCUACAACAUCUAAGGAAAAAUGAAAAGUUGAUAUAUUGUUUAUUGUUUUUUUUUUCAUUGGAAGGGCUCAAAUAAUUAUAGGUGAUUUUACAAUAUUUACAAUGUAUUUAUUGUGCUGAAUUUUAUGUAUUGUGGAUUUUACGUAUGUUUAUGUAUCACUUGCCUUUUAGGGUGAAUAAAUGUGGUGAUAAUAGUGAUGGUCACAGCUCACAGCAAUCAUAAUACAUCUAAUAAACCACCUAAUAAAAC